UGAGUAUAGCAUGUUCUUUUAAGAAAUCUGUCUCCCUUUUCAAAGGAAGUUUCCUGGGUUUUACGAUCACUGGUUUGGAACAGGUCUUCCUGUGAUUUCACUUCUGCUCACAUGCUGUAUCUCCAGAAUGCCCAAAGGAUCGAUGUUCAAAGGCAAUGGGCACUAGAAGAAACUUCCGUUGUUUAUCAUAGUGUUGCUGAAGUCUUCUGGGGUUGACAGAUGCUGCUCCAGAAGGUUAAUAAGAUGAAGAAAGCUCUUCCAGCUGGACCAUAAGAGGGAUUAUGUCUGAGCAGCAGAUAAACAGAUUAUUCCAGAAACAGACACUGCUUCUUUUUAAAACUUCGUCACUCUUGUCUUACCACUCUGGUUCCCCAGGCUAGAACUGUGUGCGUUGGAGGCGUUUGUCCUGCUUUUGCAUUCUGGCACCUGUUGCGCUCUUUCCAUAGUUGCAAUUCAAUGCCAUACAAGGCUGGAAACACCUGAAAAAUAAUAAGAGGGAAGACGUUUGGGGAUUUUAUUUCUUUAAGAAAAGAAAAUUCUUCUACUUGACCUAAAUAUUCUUAUUUUCUGCAUGAUUGAUCUUGAAAACUGUGAAUGACCAAUAGACAGCAUGCAUUUGAAAAUUGGAUUAAUAUUUUUGAUCAUUUGCCUUGCUCUCCAAGUUCAGGGAAGCAGAGAAAUCCCUAAUAAAAUAAACCAUGGUGAAGCCAAACAUCUUGCAGACACCUCAGGGUCAGACAAAACAGAAAGAACAACAAAGAGGUCCAGAGUAUCAACCAUAAGGCGUAUAUUUGACAUGGCAAAACACCGAACAAAGAGGUCAUCCUUUUUCUCAACUGGUGUGAAAGUUUGCCCGCAAGAAUCCGUAAAGCAGAUUUUAGCCAGUCACCAAGCUUACUACAGAUUAAGAGUCUGCCAGGAAGCUGUGUGGGAAGCCUUUCGUAUUUUUCUGGAUCGAAUUCCCGAUACUUCGGAAUAUCAGAACUGGGUUACUGCCUGCCAGAGGGAAACCUUCUGCAUAUUUGACAUUGGCAAAAACUUCAGCAAUUCCCAAGAGCACCUGGAAAUAAUCCAACGGCGAGUAAAACAUAGAACCUUCCAGGAAAGGAAAGAUGAAAUAUCCACAGGGAAAACAGGUGGCAAAAAGAUAGAAGACACUCCUUCCAUUUCUACAGGCUCCCCCGGCACACCCCUCUCUCCAUAUGCACCUGUACCUAACGGCACACUGCUCAACGAAAUUGUUAACGACACGAAGACUCCUGUGAAGGAGUUGGGAACAAAUACAGUCCCAGAACUGCCUGUGGAACAAAUGGUAGAAUUCAGUGUCACUCUCACUGAUCAGGAGUACACAGACGAACUUAACGAUCCCAACUCCCCACAGUACCGACAACUAGCUGCCAAAUUUCAGCUACAGAUGCAAAAGAUAUUUGAGAAACUUCCAGGAUUCAAAGAAAUCCAUGUAUUGGGAUUUAAACAGAAGAAGGAGAAAGAUGGAUCAAGCAGCACUAUAGCACGAUAUGUGGUAAACUUUGAGAGAGAUGGCUCAGAAAUCAAAGGUACCCCAGAUGACAUCUCAACUAUUGGAUCUAAUAAGGUUGAAAACGAAAAAAUUCCACUUUUUCCAAAGGAAGAAAGGGAGAUACCAGCAACUAAGCUCACAGUAACGGACCUUCAGCAACUGGUUGCUAUAGCACUUCACGAAGACCAGUCCCUGCCAGUGGACCUUGGAACUCUUCAGUUUACUGAUGAAUCUAUCAUACCACCUAGUGAUUUUGAUAAUGAUAUACAGUCCAUGGUCACUAUUCCUCUGGCAGGACCUGAUUUGGAGGACUCCAUGAGUGUGGAACUCCCACUAGGUUACCCCAGCCCAGCAACAGUGGACCAAACAGGAGACAUCUCGGUCAAUGAAUUUACAACUGGCAUCCCUGUCCUAAGUGGAGAGAUUAGUGCCCCUGAAGACUUUAAUAAUUUUGUUUCAUCUGAACCUGUGUUUCCUACUACACCCUCCAGAGAACCAUUUCAGGACAAAUCGCCUCCACACACAGAAGAUAUCACUACUGACCACCAAAGUUUCACAGUGCCUUUUAAUGCUCUGGGUAGCACUAGCAGUCCUCCAGAACCAGAGGAUUCCGAUUUGCCUCCUUCCACAGAUGAUUCUGCUAACAGUGACUUAGUCACCAGUGACUAUGAGUCUCCAGUGGAGCAGGAUACCACACUGGCAUUUUAUACCACAAGUAGCUUUACCCCACCUAAUCUCCUGCAAGCUGGAGAUGCGAAUAGUGAAGCUGAGGAGAAGAAAGAACUGAUGGAUAUAACAGAAGCAACUUUCAAGGAAGUUGACCAGGAUAGUCCAUCUGGACAAGCAGUUAAGAUCACGGAUGAACCAGAAUCUUCAGGCGAUAACAUUUUAGUUACAAGCAGCACUUACAAAACAUUGCCUUUCUUUAUUGGUUCAAGUGAUCUCUCUACCACACAGCCUGAAGCUGUUAUUACAGAUGUGCUACCAUCAGACCCAACAGCACCUCUACCUGCAGCGACCACUCCAUCCUCCAGCCACUCUGAGAUCAUCAAACAGUCCCUUGAAGUACCAGAUUCCUCAGUGCCCACAUCUGAGAGCAUUCCUCCUGAUGGCACCCGGACAGGAGCGCAGGAUGCUUCUGGCGAGUUAGGUCAUGUUGGUGUGAUGAGCACAGCAGCACUGGAUGAAGUGGAGCACAGCAGCAGUUUUAUCUCACUGCUGACAGCUGAGCCUGCAGAAGCCACCCCCGCUCCUACGCUGAAGUAUGUAACUACCAGCUCCAUGACAACCGCAGCCAAAGGCAAAGAGCUAGUGGUUUUCUUCAGCCUGAGGGUAACCAACAUGCACUUUUCUGAUGACCUCUUCAAUAGGAGUUCGCCAGAAUACAAAGCACUAGAACAACAGUUCGUGCAACUGCUACUUCCGUACCUUCAGUCCAACCUUACAGGUUUUAAGCACCUGGAAAUACUUAACUUCAGGAACGGAAGCGUGAUUGUGAAUAGUAAAAUGAAAUUUGCCAAGACAGUGCCAUACAAUAUCACAGAAGCAGUACACUGUGUUUUGGAAGAUUUCUGUGAUGCUGCAGCCCAACACCUCAAUUUGGAGAUUGACAGUUAUUCCCUGGAUAUUGAGCCAGCUGAUCAGGCAGACCCAUGCAAAUUCAUGGCAUGUGACGAGUUUUCCGAAUGUGUAAUGAACAAGUGGACAAAAGAGGCUGACUGCCUUUGUAAAGCUGGUUACGCAAGCCAAGAUGGAUUACCCUGUCAGAGCCUGUGUGAGUUGGAACCACAUCUCUGCAUCAAUGGUGGGAAAUGUGAGUUAGUUCCAGGAAGAGGAGCUGUCUGCAGAUGCCCUGUACGUAGACACGAGCUUUACCAAGGACAGCGCUGUGCAAAAUUUUCUCCAGAACCCAUACAACCCUUCAUUUUUAAACCUCUCAUUCUUGGCUUACUAAGCCUCGUUUUUCUUUUCAUCAUUUUAAUUAUUAAGUUAAGAAGAAAAAGCAAAAGAAACUCUAUUUUGCAAAGUCCUACUCUCAACAGCUGCAAUUCAGAAAAUGCUGUAAGGAUUAAUCCUGCUUUUGAACAUGACGAACCCAUAACUGGCUUUUGUUAUACGGCUUGUAGUGUAAGUGCUUGUGUCAGUUCCUCAGAGAUCGCUGAUCACGAAACAUUACACGAACUUGAAAACACAAUUCAGCAUGGAGGUCACCAGAUGAGCUUACAAAACCAAGACUGACAAGUUAGUCUCUGAAAUUCUUCAUUUCCAGCAUCAGCCAGAAAAUCAAGGUAUUCAAAAAAGGUGGUCUGCAUUAUUCAAGAAUGGACUUCAGGUUGAUUAAGCAUAUGAAAAAAAUUCAAGGAUUCCUAAAGAUAUAACAUUUUGGCUCUAAAAUCAGCACACACUUAAAACAUGUUUUAUUAAAGAAAAACAACAUGACCGAGUUGACCAACUAUUUGACCAUGUCUAAAAUUUGACUAGGAAAAAGUCGCCAGUGUUAAGAUGCAUGCAUUAAGCUUCCAGUACUUACACAUCUUAACUAUAUUUUAAGAGCCGAGUACUAGAAAGAUUUUGCUGAGAAGUGACUUUUUUCAAUAGUGUAGAUCACAAAUAUUCUGGUAAAAAUGUCGAUAAAACUUUACCACAUUUCUAUACAUUUUAUUGACCUUUCUUACCUACCCUAUGUAAGUGGCAAACACAGAAAUAAGAGCUGUCAUUGACCAAAGGCCACAUUAAAAGCAUUUAGGAACUUUGUCAUUCUCUCCCUGCAACGCUUACAUUGCAAAUCACACAGAAGUUGGGAUUUUUUUAAUGGUUUCUAUGAACAUCAGAUUCCUAUUUUCUGCUAAUAAACACAUUGUGUAUCUCUAUGUACAUAUACACUUCAUUGCUUAAUUUCUGGUGGCAGUUACAAACUGUCGGGUUAUCCUAAGACUUCCAUCUUUUCACUGAGGUGCAAUACCUGCAGUUUUAUCUUUUCAGAACAUUAAGUUUAUAUUCACAAGCAUCCUCACUGUAGCAAGUAGAUUACAGAGUUGCACAUAAGUGUAUGCACUUUAAACUCAGUAUACACAUAAAUAAUUUUUACAAGUUACUAUUAGUUUUUGCAGAAGAAAUCUAAGCAGAUAAUGGGUGGCCAUUAAGUAUUUUAUAGGCGUAGUAAUCUAUGCUCUAUGGAUCCACAGUCCUGAUUCAAGUAUGAGCAUUACCUUACCUUCAAUAUCUUUUUCUUGAGUAGAUCUGUAUUUAUAUGCCGCACCAGUGUUGUAUAAUAUCCAGGCGCUAUUUGCUGCUUGGUGCGUAUCAGAAGUCGUACUUACAGCUCAAACUGAGCUUCUACAAAGUUCGUGACUAUACUGGAUGACAGCUCCUCAUUCAGAUGUGGAACUUUCAUGGAUUUGGGAUAGCAGCUGAUUUUAGUGACAAUUCUUUUUACUUCGUACCACACAGUUACCAUAGCAAAGAACGAACUUUAGUUUACCUUAUUAGGUAUGCUCAAAAGAACUGUUUACGAAUUCCAAACACUUAACUGCACAGAUUUGCUGGCAAAACCACCAAAGCUGGUGAUUGUGUACAAAUGAAGGCAAUGCACCAAGAAUACAAAGUUGAGUUUCUACAGCUGAAAGAGUAUUUUUACUUAUUUAACUAGGAGGAAAAAAAAAAAAAAAAAAAAGAAACCUAAGAUGUGGUUUUACACAGUAACACUUCAGAAUAAAACUGUACUUUUAAAAUACUUCUCGCAGGGCACUGGAAGUCAUCCCUGCCAACAAAUGUUAGCUUUUCACUAUUGCUCAUGUAAGCUAAGAAUGCUGAAAGCAUUCCUUUUUUUCCAUUACAGAUGUAUUUUUGUAUGUGUUUAGUGUAUUUCAAUUCAUACUAGUUAUCACUAGUCUGAUUU